AUGUCGCCUGCUCACAACAUGUCGCCCAAACCCUGGACGGAAUGGGAGAAUAACACAAACAAGUACUGGUGGAAAGACAAGGGGCUCCGUCUGUGCGUUGCCAACGUUGCCAUCCUUUUCCUUGGGUGUUUUUCGAACGGCUACGAUGGUGUUCUUAUCAAUGGCCUUCAAGUUCUUCCCUCCUGGCAAACGCGGUUUGCCCCGUCGUCAGCCACGCUGGGCCUCAUUGUGACCUCGUACUAUUUCCCCGGCGUCAUCAUGCCUUACGUCUUCCAGUCGCUCUGCGACAGGUUUGGCCGUCGUCCAGUCGUGGCCUUAGGAUCGUUGAUCGGCAUUUUUGGGUCAUUACUUGGAGGACUGGGAAACUCCCUUGGCACAUUUAUCGCAGCCCGUGUCCUCGUGGGAACGGCAUUCUUUUGCAACCUUGUGGCCAUCCCCUCGCUGGUUGCCGAGACUGCCCACCCACGCUUCCGCGCCACAGCUACAGCGUCAUUCUCCAACGUUUACUUUUUGGGAACGGCCGUCGCUGGUUGGGUCAACUUUGGCGUCACCUACUUCGAUUCUGACUGGGCAUGGCGUAUUCCUUUUAUCCUGCAGUGCCUCGGCUGCGUGCCCAUUGUCAUUUGGGCAUGCACACCCUGGAUGGUCGAGUCUCCCCGCUGGCUCGUCAGUAGGGGAAGAGAGGAAGAUGCACACCGACUUCUUGCCAAGCUUCACGCCAACGGAGACAUGGACGACGAGCUCGUCGUCAUGGAGCUCUGCGAGAUUAAGGAAAUGGUGACCUUUGAGAACGGGCUUCCAACUGGCGUGGAACCGUACCUUGCCUUCUUCCAGACCAAAGGAAACAGGCUUCGUAUUUUCCUUUGCGUGUUCCUCAGCUUCAGCAUGGCCAUGGCGGGCAACAACAUUCUGGGAAGCUACCUGGGCCAGGUGCUCGUAAUGUGUGGCGUCACUGGGGCACUCACGCUCCAAGGCAUCGUUUGCGGCCUUACCAUGUGGUUGCUCCUCGUUUCCAUGGUUACUUGCCUGUACAUCGAGAGAUUUGGACGUCGUCGACUCUACAUGGUAACGAUCACAAUCAUGACGGUUUCAAUGGGCGUGCAGAUUGCUUUCAUGGCGGUCACAGCUGAACACCCCAACGUCGGCAAGGGUGCCAUCGCCACCAUAUUCAUAUUCAUGACCGCGUACAGUGUUGGUCCGAACCCCAUCUGGCUUCUUUACCUCACGGAGAUGCUGCCAUUCGAGCUGCGUACUGCCGGAAUCGCCGUUGCGACUUUCACCUUUGCUAUUUGGACCAUCUUUGGCAACUACAUUGUUCCCAUUGCGUUUGCGCACAUUGGAUACAAGUACUACUACGUACCGUUGGCAGUCAACAUUGUCAGCCUCGUCAUCUUCUUCCUCUAUGUCAAGGAGACCAAGGGUCGCACUCUCGAGGAGAUGGCCCAGGUGUUUGACGGUCCCACCGUACACCGUUCUGUGGCGGACAAAGAGGGGGGUUACGCUCAGAACGCCGCUCGGUCGGUGGAGAAGCUAGAAGUCGAGCACAAGGAGUAG